AUGUCUAUGACCUAUGGCAAUAUACCCGAGCAGCGACGCCGAAACAACGAGGGCAUUGGCCUGCUCCCCUCUGAGCUAGAUAUCAUAGUGAAGGCCCUCAAACUAUGCGUUCAGCGCCAUGCGAACGCGUUCGUUCAAAUGUCCGAGGCUGUGCUCGAGCUCAUUGCGAGUAACACCCGGAACGCUACGAGAGAGCAGAGUCACACCGAUGCUGGUGGUACCAGACCACUGGCGAUAGAGCGGUCACAGAAUGUAACCUUGACGCCCUUGAUUCUACGUUGA